AUGGCCACAGUGCAAGAUAGUAAUAGCGCAACAAUGGUAGAUGGCCAGCCUACGCCGCCUGCCUCGAAUGCGCCGUCACAGCACCCAUCGCCCUUGCCGCAGCCACGAAAACACCCACUCAAGCCUGGCGGAUGGCGCGAGUCCGACUUGAUCCAGUACCUAGACCACGGUGUCAAUAGCAUCCAGAAGCGUGUAGAUAAUCGUAUGACCAACCGGAAGCUAAAGCCUGCGCCAGGUGAAGAGGAAGGCUACAAGGCCUUUUGGGAAGUUGCAAAGGAUCUUGAUGGGCUGGUAGAUGUCGUAUGGGUAUCUGGGUCUCCAAACCUCCAGAUUCCCUACCUGCUCAACUUGGCCGUCCUUGGCGCCGAAUUCCUCCCUCUGUUCGCAUCCUCGACGCCAUCCACACAGGCCACCUUCCGCUUGCUUUCAAAGCUAGACUACGCCUUCUCAUCCCUGCUCACCGGUCAUGAUGCCGCGACUGGCGACCAACUACCCGGUUUCGAGGGCGGUCGCACCGUCACUACGACAGACAAGGUCCGUCUGAAAGGCAUUGUUGAUCGUACACGCCUCACCGUCACGCGUGUGGUAAGCAAGGAGAGCGUUGUGGGCGACGAAGAUUAUGUUGGCGACUCAAUGGAUACAGAUACGGAGAAGGAAACAGAUGCGAGUGGGCGUCAGGCAACUGUCACGUUUGAAGGGUUUGAAAACAAUGAAGAAGACGAGGAAGACGACGAAUGGGAGGAGCGCGGUGUGGCAAGUAUAUAUGAGAAGACCAUCGGCCAGCUCGGCGACGUCUUGGGUGGUCCCCCGAUUGGCAUCAUAACUGACGACUGGGCUGUCAAUGGCGGCACUGAGCAGGAGAGAAGCGGCAGGGGGUUUGUAGAGUCUGACGGCGAAAUGGAGCUUUGA